GAAAGUUUGUUUUCCCAUAGCGCGAUAAGGAUAAACGCUGUAGAAGAUUGCACCAGAGGAAUGACAUACGUGUUGAAAUCUGUUUGAGUUUGACGCACAAUGUCGGGAAGAGUCUGUUGUGUGCUCGGCUGCUCCAACAGCAGCAGAAAAAUCCAAGUCUGGAACAAAACCACAUGCGAAAUUCACCCUCCGUUUUUACAUCGAGACUGUCCCUGUGUGAGACCUUACACACUACACAGAUUCCCGGGGCGGGCUGAGGAAAAAGCCGUUCGUCAGAAGUGGAUUAUAAAUAUCAACCGAAAGGACUUUGUACCAACCAAGAACAGCACGGUGUGUGGGAUACAUUUCCCGGACGGAAGACCAACAAAAGAACACCCAUUCCCAGUGUUGCACAUGGGUUAUGAAUAUCAUGGGAAAACAUCACCUGGUAGAAGAGGACGCCCCACAAAAAAAUGUCGCCGGGACUUAAAAGUUAACACAUCACAUGCUGAACCGGAUGUUAUGGAAUCUCAUGUUAAGACUAGCGGAAUCUCUGAGUGGGAUCCUCACACCGCUGCAGGUAUGAAUCUUGGACUGCCGCCGAGCGCUGACAGUAAUGGAACUCCUCAGGUACCCCUGAGACUAAUAGUGAAAGAAGAGGACAUCAAAGAAGAGGAAUAUGAUCGCAUUGUAGACGAGGACAUUAAAGUGGAGGACAUGAGAGAGGAGGACGUUAGAGAGGCGAACAUUAAAGUGGAGGACAUUAAAGAAGAGGAAUAUGAGCACAUGAUCACAUGUCAAGAUGACGAGGAGAAGCCGCUCACAGAGCUGCUCUGUAAAACGGCACCGGACUUCACAGAGUCACUUAGCUCUAUGGAAACACCCCAGACAAAAGUGGAGGUUAAAGUGGAAAAAGAAGAAGACGAGGGAGAACCCCAAGACCACGAUUCUCCUCAGGAAAGAGAUGCCCAAGGGAUCCAAGUGAACACAAAAGGGAAAACUUUUGAAAAAAGAAACAAAGAGAGACAUCACAAUCAGUCUUGGUACAGGAAGACUCCAGACCAUAAAUUACAUCACCAAUCGGAGGUCGUGAGAAAAAGACAUCGCAUCCAGUGUAAUAAGACGUUUUCUCAACUCUCUACUCUUGCACAUCAUCAACAAAUGCGCGCAGGUGAGAAGCCCCUUCAGUGCAUAACAUACGGGAAGAGUUUCAGGAGGAGCACAGCACUCAUCCAACAUCAACUCACUAAUGUUAAGACACACCAGAGGAUCCAUGCUAGGGAAAGGCCCUAUCAGUGUAAAACAUGUGGGAAGAGUUUCAGGGGUCGCACAUGGCUGACAAAACAUCAGAUCAUCCAUACUGGGGAAAAGUCACAUCACUGUUCCCUGUGUGGGAAGAGCUUUACACAAGAGUAUAAUCUCAACAGACACAAAAAGAUCCAUACUGGGGAAAGGCCAUAUCAAUGUACUACAUGUGGGAAGAGUUUUAGGAGGAACUCGUGUCUUACCAAACAUCAGAAGACGCAUACUGGAGAAAAGCCAUAUCAGUGUUCGCAGUGUGAGCAAAGUUUCAGGAGCAGCAUAGAACUUCUCAAACAUCAGAAAACACAUCCUGGAAAGCCUCUUCAGUGUUCCCACUGUGGAAAGAGCUUUAGUGUAGCGGGUAAUCUCAGGAAACACCAGAAGAUCCACGCCGAGGAAAAGCCCUAUCAAUGCAACACAUGCGGCAAAAGUUUUAAAACAAUGUCGUAUCUGACCAAACACCAGGAGAUACAUACUGCAGAAAGGCCAUAUCAGUGUGCUCAGUGCGGAAAGGCCUUUAGUCGAGCGACUUAUCUCAAGACACAUCAGAGGAUCCAUUCUGAGGAAAGGCCUUAUCAGUGUAACACAUGUGGAAAGAGUUUCAGGAGAACCUCAUGUCUAAGCAAACAUCAGAUCAUCCAUACUGGGGAAAGGUCACAUCACUGUUCUCAGUGUGGGAAGAGCUUUAGACAAGAGUAUAAUCUCAACAGACACAAGAGAACCCAUACUGGGGAAAGACCAUAUCAAUGUACUACAUGCGGGAAAAGUUUUAGGACGAACUCGUGUCUUACCAAACAUCGGAUGACGCAUACUGGAGAAAAGCCAUAUUCGUGUUCUCAGUGUGGAAAAGCCUUCUGUAAAGCAUAUACUCUCAAGGUGCACCAGAGGACCCAUACCUAUGAAAGAGAACCACCAGUGAGCAGUACAUUAUAGUAUCGGUCUAUUGGAGGUUCUGAGCUCAUGAACUUGAACCCAGACUCACUCUCUCUGCAUUCUGUGCAGUGAAGAAAACAGAACUUUGGGGGAGUGUGUUGAUAUGAUUAUUUCAAUGGAACUAAGCUUUUAAAACACGCAUUUGCAAGAUGUGUAUUAAAGGUACACUAUGCAGGUUUACAUAUUUUUGGUGACUGUAGAGCUCCCUCUCGAGUCACAAUAUAUUUAUAUUUUACUCUGCUGUUGUAAAAAGAAAACUUUUUGUGACUCACAACCCCUGUACACAAUGCAAAUGCUUUUGUUGUGGAGGUGACAGGCAAAAACUAUCUCCAAAGUGCUAUCUACUGACAAGGUAAUCUUUCUUGAUUCUCACGGGCUGCCGUUCUUGAAGUUGCAUGGCUGGUUUUCUUGGUAGUAUGGUGAACGAUUCGCCUAUUACAAGUUUGUUUACCAUCAAAUUGGCUUCAUAAAGGUUAUAUUAUGGUGGAAGUCUUGCAUAGUGUACCUUUAACUUUUAAAGAGUUUAUGAGAUGAAUAUGCUUAACUCGUCUUAAUGCAGAUGCCACUUUUUGGAUGAAAUGAAUGUAAUAUUUCUUUGUCAGAUAAACAAAGCCAACUUGGACAGCUUUAUGUUAUGCAGACCUGCCAACCAUGCAUUUUGACAUCAAAGUAUGCCAGUACGAAUUUUUACUCAAAACUACUCACUGGAGCAUGUGAAUUAGAAUCUCCCGUAAAUCUAUUUCAUGCGUGGGUGAGAUACAGAGAGAAAGUGACAAGUGAGAAUGACAGGCAAAGCAUAGUGGCCUCUCGUUAUGCUAUUUUUUCUUCAGCCAACAGUGGGUUACAUGAAAGACUUGAUGAGGUGAGCUUAAGUAAUGCACUUGCAAAUUCGCGUUUCCCCAGAUGCCGUUUUGUGAAGCUAAAAAAUUCUCAACUGAGUGCGAUUGUGAAUUCACCUAGGCCUAAUAGUUUGAUGUUUGUCUUGGAAAGUUAUGACUUGUUCAUCAGUUAUUUCAGUUAGUAUUAUGUUUUCCACGUGUCGCUGAUAGUUUUCAUAACUAAAAGGCGCUCAGGGAGCUCAAACCUUGGGCCAAAGGCCAAAUGCAGCCAUUAACAACGAGUCUGAAAGUGGAUCUAGGCUAAACAUUUUUGUACUUCUCAUUGAUGAGUGUUCAAUUUGUUUUUUUUUCUUUCUUUGGAGCAUGUAGAUCAUUGUUGUUCUGGUUUAAUUGCACAAAAACAAGCGAGAACCAAUAAUAGGCUUCCAGACCUAGAUCGCACACCUAUCGCUUUAGUUGGGAUAAUGUAAUCAUUACAGCCUCACUGAUGGCAGAAAGGCACUGCCAUCUGAAAGAAACUGAGAGCAUGUGCAAUUGAAAUGAUUUAAAAGCAAUCAGUUAUUUGCAUUAGUCAGGUAAUAAUUUAACAGCGAAUGUUUUUGUUUUUUUAAAGAAACAAAGCAUGUAGGCUAUUGUGAGUUAUCAAGAGCUUGCACACUGCUUCAACAAAUACUAACAAACUCCAACAUUCUAAAGUUAGCAGCUGUUGGAAAUUGUCAGUUGGUAGUCUUUAGAAUGUUCAUAAAACCAACUGCCAGUCCACACUGUGGUGUCUCCAUCCAACAAACGGCAACAAACACAGACGGCCGGCCCACACUGACCCAACUGUUGGUGUUGUUUGGAGUUUGUUGGAGCAGUGUGCAAGCUCCCUACACUGACAACAGAAGAUGUCCAUGAGUAACUUAAGUGAUGAAGGAUAUAUUUCUUGACAAAAGAAAUAGCUAAUAAUAAUGGAUUGAGAAGACGUAAUAACAGAACAGACAUGAUUGAAUAAAAAACACAUAUAAGACAAUGGACAACAUAUCCACAUCAGUCCCAUCUACACCGAUGUUUUCAUAGAAGUAUUUGGGCUCUAAAAACAGAUUAGAUCUACUAUAAAAGAUUCAGCUUGCACGCCUUGGAUCAAAUUCUGGUAGAUAUCCGAGAUUAAAGAUGUGUCGCUAUCCAAAAUGCAUCUUAGUAAGUAUAUAUACUCUUUUGAUCCUGUGAGGGAAAUUUGGUCUCUGCAUUUAUCCCAAUCCGUGAAUUAGUGAAACACACUCAGCACACAGUG